UUGGCCACCUCUAGUCCAGUGCAUCAAAAAAGUUUUCAAUUUUAUUUUGAAAAAAGCAAGCUAAACGUAAUUUUAUUAGCGUAUACGGCGUAAUCCGACGGAAGCAAGCCCGGAAACGAAAAGGAAGACGGACAGGAUCGGUAUGAUGAGUGGCAAGGCGGGCGGGGUGGUGGUGCUCAACUGCCGGACGUGCACGCGUGCCUGCAAGCAGCACAAGCCGCUGCAGGAGGAGAUCGAGCUGGGCCCGGAGGGCAGCACCACGCUGGCCAGCAUGCUCCACUACUGCGCCGGGCUCUCCUUCGAGCCGCAGGACGGCGCCGCCAUGCCGCAGCACAUCUGCCUCAACUGCCUGCAGCUCCUGGAACAGGCGUUCAACUUCAAGCGCAUGGUGAUCGAUUCGGACGAGCUGCUCCGCCUGGGCCUGGACGAGGCGCAUGGCCACCAUCAGCAGCAGCAGCAGCAGCACCACCACCACCACCACCACCAAAAUCAGCAGCACCACCACCCGCAUCAGCAGCCACAUCAACACCUGCAGUCCGCCGAUCCUAGUGAGGAAUACGUCAUGAUCGAGAUGCUCAACGAGGAGCAGGAGUCAUGCACUGAACAAGACGCGGAAGCGGAACGUCAUUCGCACUCGCACUCGAACCACGAGGACGAGGAAGAGUUCGUCAUCGAGGAAGUGGCCGAGCAGGAGGAGGAGCUGACGGAAGAGGAGAACCACCAGCACACUCUGGUGGGCAACCAGGAGGAGCACAUCACCAUGGAGAGUGUGCACGAGUUCCAGCCCGCCGAGGUGGAGUACGUGACAAUUAAGGACGAAUACGAAACGAUUGUCACCGAGGAGGACGAGAUCGAGGUGAUGGACGAGUCAGGCGCACACGGCGAGAUAAUCGAGGGCCAGCUGAUUGUGAUACCGGCGGAGGGAGCCAUGGACGAGGUGAUCGGCGAGGAGGCUCUCGAAUUGGACGAGGACGAGCGCGAGGAGCAUUUGCUGGCCGAAACGGAGGAUGUCUGCGAGGAGGAGGACUUCCUGGAGGAGUCGCUGGACUCCACGCAACUGACCGCGGGCGAUGCCCUGCCGCACGUGUGCACCGUGUGCCAGAAGGCGUUCCGCCAGCAGUGCCGCCUCAACCAGCACAUGCGCUCCCACGUGGACGAGAAGCACUACGAGUGCGGGGAGUGUGGCAAGCGGCUGAAGCACCUGCGCAACUACAAGGAGCACAUGCUGACCCACACCAACGUCAAGCCGCACCAGUGCAACAUCUGCGCCCGCUUCUACCGCACCACCUCCAGUCUGGCGGCGCACAAGCGAACGCACGCGGAGGAGAAGCCCUACAAUUGCGAUCAGUGCGGCCGGGGCUAUGCAGCCUACGAUCACCUGCGGCGCCACAAGCUGACGCACACGGGCGAGCGACCCUACGCCUGCGACCUGUGCGACAAGGCGUACUACGACUCGUCCUCGCUGCGCCAGCACAAGAUCAGCCACACCGGCGAGAAGGCCUUCACCUGCGAGAUCUGCGGCGUGGGCCUGUCCCAGAAGUCGGGCUACAAGAAGCACAUGCUGGUCCACUCCGGCGCCAAGCCGCACAAGUGCCACAUCUGCGGCCGGGCCUUCACCUUCACCAGCAACCUCAAUGCCCACGUCCGCCUGCAUUCCGGCGAAAAGCCGUUCAAGUGCGACGUCUGCCUGAAGGCCUUUCCCACCAAGAAGCGGCUGAACAGCCACCUGCGGGUCCACAACAAGGAGACGCCGGUGAUGGCCACCGCCAACGCCAGCGGCAUCGAUCAUCGCCGGCGCGCCGCUCCAACCGGAGCAGCCGGCGGCGGAGCAGCGGCUGGCCACCACCUGACCGAAGUACCUGAGCAGCCGGUGUCCACCUCCAAAGUGGUGGUGGUGCUCUGAGCGGCGUCUGCCGGGCGGAGGAUGCGGCUCUAGGGUCUAAGACUAGCCUAAGGUUUUUACAUCUACAUUUACGAUUAUUUGGAGCUGUUAGGAAUCAAUUAAACGCUAAUGACAUUGUACCAUGUACAUGUAUUUUUUUACCCGCAC